GGACGAGGACUGCUCCUUCAUGUACUUUUCUGCUUUCGUAAACGGAGUUCUUUCGCAGCGUAGGAAUCGAGACAUCCGCAAGUUCCGUCUCUCAAGCAGCUACACAGGUGAAGCCUCGUUCCAUGCACGUUCUUUCAAUUACUGGUCACUUACUGCCAUUGGACCUCAACUCCAGGACCUUAAUCUUUCUUUGUAUGCUCCGUAUGCAAAGAAACGCUUCGUGUGGUAUCCUUCUCCCAGCGUCCUACGUGGCAUCUUCAGUUGUACUUCUCUCAUUUCACUCACUUUGGAUGGUUUGAUAGACAUCAAUAAGAUAUCGUCUGUUCAUUUGCCAGCCCUCAGGACUAUGAGACUCUCCAUCCAUACAGCGGAUCCAUUAGACAAGAUUUUUUCUGGCUGCCCGGUCCUUGAAGAUCUUUAUCUCCAGUUUAACCAAAUAAAUGCGCCCAAGAUAAUUUUUCCUAAUUCCUUGAAGAGGCUGGAAGUUCAUAAUUGCAAGUCACCUACAUCUAGAGAAGUUGAAGUUGAAAUAGACGCCCCGGCACUUGAAUAUCUUACUUUCUUCUUAUAUAUCGGACUAAACCAGUUGACUGUCAACAAUUUGCACAAUGUGAAAGUAGCAGAUCUUGAUCUCCGGGAAGACGCUCAUGAUUAUAUACAUAUGCUUCUAAAUGCUCUCAACAGAGUAAAAAAGCUCCACUUGUGUAGUUCGAUAAUAAAGAUUUGGAUUGAGCCAACCGGCUAUUCUAGCAGCUGGACACCCCCUACUUGUGUUCCUGAUUGUCUUGCAUCACAGUUGACAAAAAUUGAAUUCAAAGGAUAUGAAGGUUCUAAAGAUGAGCUGGGAUUCAUUGCCUAUAUCUUAAAAAGUGGGAUUGUUUUGCAAACAGUUACUGUUGAUCUUGAUUGGCUUAAGAAUAAAAAGGACAAGAGCAAGAAAAAAUACAAUAUCACUAAAGAAUUGUGUGCCAUCCCAAGGGGAUCCAACAUGUGCCGAAUUGAAAUUGAAGACUCAGACAUAUUCCCUUCUGGUAUGUAUACGCACCAUCCCUGUCUUUUCUUUAUUAUUUUUUACUUUAAUAAAAACCAUCUCUGUCAUUUGUGUGAAUAUAUCUGACUAAAUUAAAGCUGUUAUGAAUUAUUUCUUACUUGUUUCCAUGGUGUUCUUCAAGAAUAGGAUAUAUUAUGAAAAAAAUUGAUAGAUGUGUUCUCAUGUGAGAGUCUUAUCAAAUACUUGUCUAGAAGCUUUGGAUAACAUUAUUUGAUUGAUUCUGAUUUGCAAUAUUGAGUGACACUGUGAACAUACUAGAAUUAAAUACCAAGAACACACUUAUUCGAUUCCUUAUUGCUGUCCUUGUAUGUACUAAGAUUCAAUUUCAUCGUUAUGCUUCCAAACUUGUUCAUCCUUAAAGUGAAUGUUGGAAUUUUAACUUUGUUUUCACUCUUCUGUACUCAAAUUACAUCCAUGCUUAAUAUGUAUUCAUUCUAAUUCAGGAUUUUUAUUUAGCUAAUAGCUAUUCUAGUGAUGGGAUGGACUUUCUUUUGUGAAAUUUUUGUUGUAGAAGCAUUGUUGUUUCAUAGAGAAAAACUUGCCUUUGCUUUCUUUUUUAUUCCCCAUCUUAAAUCUUCUGUGGUUGAGGAAAUUCUUUUGUCCAUUCCAUAAUCUUUUUCAGGUUAAUUUAUUUAAUGACUUGUGAUUAAGGUAAAUGGGUUAUUCUAAUCUUAUUAAACUUUCUAGUUGACUUAAGGGCUUGUGAGUGAAGGUUCUGUUUGUAAAGAGCCUUCAACUGGUACAUAGAUGUGAUUGCUUGAUUUCAUCGCCCUUAGGAUAAUCAAGAAUUUUACCUUUGAUACGAAAACGUUUUAAGAGUGUAAAAUCUAAGGCAGUUGGAGUUUACAUGGUGGCACAUGCUUGUUUAGAGACAAUUUUUUGUUUAUCUUUUAGUAGUUUUAUUUAUAUUUUGCUGAUUAUUGUAAUAUUUAUUUGUAAACAAUUUUAUAAUUUUUUAUGUAUUCUACAUUUUUGCUAUUUCUUGCGAUGUCAUGGGUAUAACGUCAUAGUGAUUUUUUACCGUUCUACUAUUAUAUCACCAUCAUCCACCAUCUUUAGAUGUAGUAAACAACUGAAUUCCGGAAAAUCAAAAGUUGGGGGACAAAGUAUGCGUGGAAACAGUGCGAAAUUAAUAAAUUAUUAGUUAAUAAAUUAAUUAUUA